AAUUACCUAGCUACGAAUGUCUUCUGGGGUUUUUUAUUGACCGAGUCUAAGAUAUGUAUAGGAAUAGGAUGCGCUAAUAUGAAUUGAAUAGAAUAGUUAACUUGCCAUACAAUUGACUCGUUAUAUAUUAUAAACAGUUAGACCACUACCGUUUCAAGCUAGUUUCUCUCGCUAACUAGCCAUUCAAAGUAGUAAACAUACUGGAAAAACAGCAUCUAUUAGCUAAUAUCAAACUUCCUAAUUAUCUUGAAUGUUUUGGAGGUAAUAAUUAAGCCAAGAUCGAAAAUUCCAGACGCUGCUGUUACCUCAGUGAAAGAUGCCUCUUUUUGGAAAUACCUUCAGCCCCAAGAAGACCCCUCCUCGCAAGUCUGCUUCCCUGUCCAACCUACACACAUUGGACAGAUCCACCAGGGAGAUAGAACUGGGACUGGAGUAUGGGGCCCCUGCAAUGACCAUUGGGGGUCAGAGUUUGAAAUUUGAGGAGGGGCAGUGGAUUUCAGAGUCUGGAGGCACUGUUUCAGGGAAGGAGAUGCAGAGGUUGAAAAAGAGGAACCUGCAGCUGGAGGAGGAGAACAACUUGCUGAGAUUAAAAAUUGACAUCCUGUUGGACAUGUUGUCAGAAACUACUGCUGAAUCUCAUCUAUUGGAGAAGGAGCUGGAUGAAGUGAAGAACCAUAAUCGGAGAAAGAAGUGAAAGGGAAGGCCUCCAGAAGAGGAAUAAGGAUGAGACUGGACUAGACUGCAGAUGUGGAAUUUAAAUUUAGAGAUUCAAGGAUGUAUAAUAUGUAAUUUUGUAUUGCAGGACGUCUUUUUUUUAAAUCUAUGAACACUAUUUCAAUAUUUUUUAUCAACUUCAUAGGACCAGGCGAUACACACAGAGUUAACUGUUCAUAAGUGAGAUUAAUUUAUUUUAUGUUGCUUACUAUGUUUAAGUAAUUUUCUCUUGGCUACAUUGUGUCUUAGCUUUUCUUAUUUUUGCACUGCAUUUAUCUGGUUGUUUGCUGAUUAUUUGGAUUCAUUUUUUACAUUUUUUUAAAUAAAAUGAAUUCAUUUACAGAA